AUGUCGUCUCACGACACACCAACCAUCUACGCAGAACUCCUCACAAACAUCCGUCAGCUCUCCGUCGCAGUGACCCUUCCCUCGCCAGCAGGAGGACAAACAAGAGCCCUCAUCGCCCCUAACGGCGAGACGCUGCACAUCCACCACGCAGGCACAGAAACAUCAUUCCCGCUGCCCGGGAGAGUUCUCGCCCAAACAGGAGCUCCCACAACCUUGCCCACACCACGGUCGUCAGCAUCGUCAUCAGCCUCGCAAACGCUAUCAUGGCGUCUCCCGCUAGCAGCAGACUCCCCAGCAGCGCGCAGCGGCAGCGUCGCAGAUGACCCCUGGAAAGACCUGCCGAGCGAGAACUGGGCGGAGAUGAUGGACUUUUGGCACUGUCACAAGCCUAGCACGGAUCGCGAGGAUGAGCAUGAGCACGGCGCGAACGGGGAGGGCAAGCAGAAGGAUGACCACGAACAUCUGACUAGGCGCGGGUACGGGGCCAACUCGUCUAUUGCCGCGCAGCCUGGCGUCGGCAUGGUGGAUUUGACGUCGUUUCUGUUUUGCGAGGCUGAUUGUGUUGGUCUCAAGUUCUCUCUCCCAUCAUCAGAUGCCGCACCCCAAGCAUCCUCCAGCUCAGAAGUCCUAGCUGGAGCAGAAGGAAGAGACUCUGGCUCUGCGUCUGAUCCCACGCAACCACCCCCGCGGAUGCUCAACAUCGCCUGCUCCGCCUGCGCCUCCCACCUAGGCUUCUUCAACGUAGCCAUCUCCUCCGUCGUCCUGCUGAAAUGGCAAGUGUCAUGCCAGACAAGCACAUCACACCCCACGGCCGCGGCGGCAGCACUGCCCUCCAGCACAGACUGCCUGGCCGCGACCCUCAUCGCGACCCUCUCCCGCUCAGGCUCCUCCAAAUCAGUCGUCGUCCCGGCCUUCCAAUCCACCCAGAACCUAGCUUCUUCCUCCUCCAGCGAUGGCGACGAGGCCGUACCGCCUGCGCUGCACCUCUGGAUCCUCAAUAGCAACAUCACCUACGCCUCCUCUUCCUUUCCCUCUUCUUCUUCUUCUUCUUCUUCUCCCCCCCGUACAAAACGCGCAGCCAUAAAACUGCUAUACAAAGAAAUCUCCCAAGACGAAGCAGACGACAUGCUCGAGUCCAUGACGUCCGACGUGCAAGAGGUCAACCUCCCUCUUCCGGCCAUCGUCGCGGCGGCAGAGGGGUUGAGGCGGAGUAGUGGGCUCUUACCGCCUGCUGAGCGGGUGUUCAAGGGGUGGAUUGUCGGGUUAUUGGAUAAGUGGGAGCCAGUCAGCUAG